CCAGUGCACCUCCCCUUCCUUUCUGCAGAUGACCUCGGUGUUUGCAGAGGUAUUUCCCUCACUACUCGUCCUCCCCAUCCCAGGUUCCCCUUCUUAAUUACAUUAUCAAAGAGGCACAACCACCAUCACUCAUUGGCUCACGACCCAUCUGGGUCCAGCUUGGAGCUGGGGAAGCUUCCAGCACCUUCUCACAGGAGCCAUCUCUGUAGCCUCUUCCCCACUACCAAAACCCCAUCACACACAAACCCAGCACAUUUUCCCAAAUCGAGUUUGUCUGUUGCCUGUGACUGUAAGUGGUGAGUCAUCCCUCCCUGUCCUUGUCUCGACCCCUGAGCCUUUUGUUGUAUUUUCUCUUCCCCAUCCCUCCCAGGGGAGGAGUGAGCGAGUGGCUGCCUGGUGUUCAGUUGCCUGCUGGGCUUAAACCAUGACACACUUCAAAGAAAAAAUGCAAUUCCUGGUGAAACACUUAGGCUGUAUGCACAACCAGCUGAAUCUUUUCAUUUUUAUGAUUGUCUUAGCAUUUUCUCAGCAGACCUUGAGUCUUUUCCCUAUGGGACCCAUUACUUUUACCUUGUGUUUUAGUUUUUUCCCUUGUACUGGCUUUUCUUUGGCAAGAAUGUUUGCUUCUAAUGAAGUCAUAUCUCUCCCUUUUGCUGUUCAAGCACAUUUUUGUCUUUAAGUUCAUUUCUCUUGGUCUUUUUUCCUCAGUGUGGCCUGACCAAUAUAUGAGAGUUACGCUCCUCUUUAGGGGGGUGGUUCUUGCUGUCUUGACAAAUAGACAAAAGUGCCAUAUGCAUCUUAGUAAUUGUUAUGCAGUAUUGAUAUAAGGCUAAUAGUUGGCUCUCCAAUUUGCUAGAAUGCUUUAAUUCCUCCUGCUUUGAACUGUCUUUUUAUAUUAUUUUUUUUCCAGAAUUUUUAAUACUUGCUUUAAAAGAUCCUGUCAAUUUACAGAGUUGUGAUCUUUGAGGAAAAACAAUCAUGUUAGGUAACAUGGUGGAAAUGUGCCUUUGGUCACAAGAAAGUUGUGUAGGCAACAAUGAUUUCUGUACAUUAAAACUUAAGAGUUCCCAUCUAUAAAAGAAAUACUGCUAUUCGUGAUAACUGAUAGUAAUAUUAUGUAAUGAUUUUUCAUGGGGAUUAGUCCUCAGAGAAGGAUUAGGUGUAUUUUGACAUUUAUCUGCAGCAAAGUGGCCAAUACCAUGGCAGAAAUGAUGAAUGCUGUAGUGAGUUGGAAAUACGACUACUAGAGAGUCACUAUACAUAGUUGUCCGUGACAUACUGAGACAAAAAUGAGCAAUGUGUACCUUUCAGAGUUACUGCUUCAGGCUAUGUAUUUUGUUACAACACUUUUCAAACUAGGUCAAGAAAACUGUAGUUAGUACAAAUUAUAGUAAAAGAUUCAAAUGAUACUACUCGUUAAUAAUGCAGUGUUUAACUGGGUAAAAGGUAUCUUCAUUGAGUAGACAGUACACAAAGAUUUAGAGUUUAGAGAAAGACAAAAUAAUAAAAAAGGUAAAAAUCUGUCUUUUUUACUUUUAUACACACAAAAAAAUUGCAAUUCUAGGAAAAUCACCAGUUUUACUGAAUUGAUUUAAACAAUUUCAGUUUGCAAUCUACAUCACGUUGUACAAUUGCACUCGGUCUGCACAACUGUAACCCUGCUGGGAGCCAUAUUUCUUUUCUCUCUAAACAUGCACUUCUCUGUAUCAGCUGAGGCCACAGACAUUUCUCUAGCAAAAUUUUCCUGGAGCUGGCCUCAGCUAUGAGUUUAUACCUGAAAGAAGAAAUUAAGCUUCUACUAUGACUAUAGUCAGAGCCCACUUAGUACCAAGUCAGCCUGUACCUGUGUGUAUUAGCGGUGAUAUCUCUGACAGUUUUACUAGACAGAUGUAGAACUGGAGAUCGUUUUUCAUUCAUUCUAGUGUGAGUCAUUGUUUAACUACCUUUACCAGAUUCUUUGUUAAAGGUUAGGAUUAGUAGCCUGAAGUCCUCAAGUCCAGUCUUGCUGUUUUCACUCACACACUGAAUUCUGCAGAUCUGGCAUUCAGCUCUGGAUCCUCCACUCUGGGAGCUCUCACACUGCAGCUUCACACAGCAGCCAGGAGAUGGGGUGAAGAACUGCCAGUGAUACUGGGCACUACAAGGCAAUAUUGGCAGUGGGAAGUGUCUCCUCUCUUUCCCAUCCCCCUUCGCUUAUGUAUCCAGUUGUCCUGCUCUUUAUCGCCAGCAGAAUACCAUAUGCAAUAGAAAUCCUGUUUGAUCUGGGGCUCAUUGGAAUAUUUGAAAAAAUACACACCUAAACCAUUACACUCAAGAAUGUCACACCUUGUGUCCAAGCACAUGAUUGUCAAGCUGGAUGUCUUCUCUCAUACAUACAUGAAGAUAUGCAUCUAGCAAGUGCUAGUUAGUCCCUUACUAUCAUGGAGCAGCCAAGUCAUAAAGGUUUCCUAAAGUUUUCAAGCUCCUUUCUAAAACUGUUUUGUCUCUUGUUUCACUUUUUGUGGUCAAAAAUAUCUUUGAGGAGUGUUCUCACUUGUCUGACAAAAACCUUCCACCAGUCCCUCCCAACAACAGUGUAUUCAUAACCAUUUAUAUUCACCUUCUAGUGUGCCAGCAAUUAUAGUUUAGCUUAAAUAGAGUUUUCCUCUCAUUCCCCAUGAUACUCUAGAGAACAGCCCUUUUGUCUCACUCCUGUUGGUCUCCUUUAUACCCAGUAGUUACCACAAACAUUCAAGCCUGUUUUCUGUCCAAUUUGGAUCAGUAAGCCUGAUGCAUUGCUAGACUACUAAACAAAAAUGGGCUGCCAGGAUGUCCUGUUUUUUCUUGGCUGUGUUUUGUGGAAUAUUCAAGGGAACAGUCAUGGUCUAAGAUUUCCUACCUGACCGGUUGUGGAGUGGUUGCUAUGCCUGUUGUACCAUGCUAUUGGUGCUACCAAGAUUUGGGUACCUAUUUAACAUGUUUAAAUGCAGAAAUAUAGGUGUCCUCUGAAGAUUUGUACUGUGAAAAUCUGGAUGCCUUUUGGAGUACAAGCUUUUGGAGGUUAAUUAAAAAAUAGCAGCAAAAAACAUAACAAGAUGUUCACAAUAUGCAAAAUCAAAAACCUUCCUAAAUACGUAAUUUACCUUUUUUAAUUUAGAGGCUGAGGAAGAAACUUGACUGGAUUACAUCUGUUAAGUUAAAAAACCCCAGCAAACAAACCCUAGAAAAAGAUAAAAGAAAAAAAAGUAAUAAUUUUUCAUUUGUGCCUGAUGGGGUUGUGUUGGUUUUUUUUUAACUGUUUGCAAAUCUUCAGUGUAAUGGUUUGAAACCCAGUCGUGUCAUUUCUUUACGCCCACACACAGAGCUGCAGUAGUGCAGACACUGUAGCAGGCAAACCAUAUUACCAGCAUCGGCCAUUAAAACUCUUCCUACACCAAGCGUGGGCUGACUUCACCCCCUCCUCUCUUUGCACACACCCCACCACCCACCCUUCAAUUUUCAAAUGCUUAAAAAAAAGAGAAGAGAAAGACACUGAAAAAAGAAAACAGGAUGCUUCUUUUGUUUCAGCGCUAUUCCAGAGACCUGAACCUCUCCACCUGCCUGUGAAUUGGCCACCUAAAGGUUGUUACUGUGACACCAAUGUGAAAAAAAAAGAAAAAACCAACUUCCUACUUCUAAUCUGUUUCAAGUCUUUGUCCUCAUUUCUCUCUGCUUGCAUCAAGUAUUGACAGAAAUGAGUCUUCUUUUGCUGAAAUGCCUCGCUCAAUAAAAGAUACAUGAGCAUAUGGCAGAUAACCUUUGAAAUGGAGGCGCAGAAGCAGCCUGGUUUUACAGUUGCACUAGCAGAUCGGCCAGUUCCAACCUCAUCUCUUCACCCUGUACAGGGUUCUUCAGAUCUCAGCCAAGGCAGUGCAGUUCCUCAACAGGAACAAGCACUGUCCCAACCUGUUUAUCUAAAAGCCCUCACCAUACCACUGUACCAGCCUGUCCAGGCAGGAUGCUUCCAGCCAAACAGUCAGUUAGUGACUGGCAGGAGCUGUGUGAAUCUAGAUAGCAGUAAUGUACCUCUAAUCCUGAAUCCACUUGUUACUUCAGAAGGCACAGAUCAGCCUCAGUCAGUUUUUCAGAAACAACUUGGGCAAACUCUAACAUUGAGCAUAGUGAGCACUUUACCAGUUUUAUCAUCACCAAAUUCUUGUGUAAAUGCGUCUAUUGGAAGCCCAGGAAAAUCAAAAAAAGCUGGGAAAUAUAUCUGCAAACACUGUGGACGAGAUUGUUUGAAGCCAAGUGUCCUUGAGAAACACAUUCGCUCUCACACAGGAGAGAGGCCCUUUCCAUGCACCACUUGUGGUAUUGCAUUUAAAACUCAAAGCAAUUUGUAUAAACACAGAAGAACUCAAACACAUGUCAACAAUACCAAACUGCCCUCAGACUCUGACAACAGUGGCAUACUGGAGCAAAAUGAGAGAUCAACAGAGAGCAUCACCUCACAUCAAGGCACAAAACUACUUAGUAGUACCUGUGAAGACAGGGGGAUAGAGAUGAAACAAGUGAGUUCAGAGACCAGUGCUGUCACAGACACUAAGAAACUUCCCAAUGACCUUUCACUGCCAGCCACAAGCAAUUCAUCAUUUGCUUCAGAAAAUCAAGAAACAAUGAAUCAGUCCUUUAGUUCAAAGGCUAAUCAGGGGGUUCCUGAAAGAGAACCUCAAAGUUUACCAUCUCCAGGAGCUUUGCCAAAUGGUCAGUGCCAGAGAAAGAAGAUGCAGGAGCAAAGAACUCCAACUGCCAAUAAGCACAUUCAGUUGCAAAGGCAGCAAGCAACCUCUUCGGAAAAACAGUGGGAUUACAAGCCAUUUGACUGCAAGCUAAAGAAGUGUGAGAGCACUGACUCAGGGUAUCUGUCACGCUCUGAUAGUACAGAACAACAGCUGGCAUCAUCCAGCCCGUUGCAUAGUCUGUAUGAACACAGCACAGAACUGGAAAAUGAAACUGCCUUCAGCAGCUUAAGGUGUACCUCCGGAAGCAGUGCAAAGCUAGAUACAGCUGAAAAAGCUACAGCCUCGAUGCUAGAGAAAAAGAGGCUGGAAGAACACAUUUCAAAACUUAUUUCUCAUAACAAAAGCGUGGUGGAUGAUACCCAGUUAGACAACGUUAGGCCCAGAAAAACUGUCCUUUCUAAACAGGGAAGCAUUGAUCUGCCAAUGCCUUAUACAUACAAAGACUCAUUCCAUUUUGACAUCAGAACUUGUGAUGUAAAUAGGAAGAAGAAUCUUCCCCUUUGUUCAGCAAAAUCUACCUUUGCACCCUUAGAAAAAUGCAAGCCAAUGUUUUUUCAUUCAGUUCCCACCCAGUUCUCCACAACGAUAGAUACUGUGCCUGUUACACGAAGCAACUCUUUGCCCUUUGUGGAGGGCACGAGAAUGGUACAUGACAAAACAGGUUGCUCAAAACCACUUUCUCUUACUAAGCAGACUGUAAACACAGGCACUGCUAGUUUGCUGCCUAGCAACAAUCUUGCUGCAAAUUCAGUGGAUUUUCCUAAUAGCCAUCCCCGAGCUCUAGUCAGACAAACAGCAGUGGAUGAUUUGCCACUAAGUAAUGUAGUUGAUCACCCUCCAUCGUCGGAGGAGUUGCAAGGGAAUAAAAAGCUUGGGGCUGGAGAAGUAAUCAGUGCUAAAAAUAAGAAACACAAUCAAAGGAAGUUAAAGAUGUUCUCUCAAGAAAAAUGGCAAAUGUAUGGAGAUGAAACAUUUAAGAAAAUCUACCAAAAAAUGAAAAGCGGUCAAAAUGCCAAGAAAAUUAAACAAAGGGGGAAUAAGAUUGCAGAUAUUACAAGCUUCACACCUGAUUCAAAGGAAUCAGUCAGCAGUAGUGAAAUUACUGAAGAAAGAGAUGGCAGGAGCUCUGUAAGUGACAGUCUUUCCUCCCCUGUGACAACAGGUUUAAACACUGGUAAAUCAGAAACAUGUACUAAUGGUAAUCAUAUUCUACAGAAUGUGUCCUCUGAGGAAACUGCAGACAGUGUAACCUACCUAAUGGAGACAUCACAGUCAGUAAAUGCUGGUGCACAUACUGUAAUGAGCAAAACUUCCCAAGACCUCAGUGGCAGUGACACAGAUAAAUACACAGCUGGCAACAGCACAUUACUAGCUCCAAGCAGUUGUGAACUCAGGCUUCAAAAUGCUCAGUGUCAGCUGAACACUAACAGAAGGAAUGAUGACCACUUGCCAGCACAGAGUAGCAAGUGGGAAAAGCCAAACCUUGGGAAAGAAUCCAGUACAUUUGAAUCAGAUUGUAAAAGCACUUCAAACAAUUAUGGAAACCAUAGCAGGAGUAAGGAAACUGGCCAGCACGCCCUGACACCCCCAUGGGUCCACUGCAACAACAGCAGAGAAGCUGCAAGAAAAGCCCAGAAUUUACCAUCGGAAAGAAAAAAGCUGAAAUUUGAAGUGGAGAAGACACAAAACAUUAUUUCAAAGUCCUGCUGUAGUCCAAGUAGUGAAAACAAUGCAGCAAAUGAAGCAGAGAGAGUCAACUGCACUAGCACACAGUGUCUUUCCACAGCACCAGUGAAACUGUCCAGUAAAGCAGAGGAGCAAAAUUUAAGCACAGGAAUUAAUGAAUCCACUGGAGGUACUGACAAUAUGGCAUAUACGAAAACAAACAAACUCCCCACAAAAGCUCUUAAUUCUAGUGAUGUUAACCUUCUUUCACAUGCAGCAGGUACCUCAAAAGCUUCAUUUGUGGGAUUUUUAGGGCCUGAAUUAAGGGGAAGUGAUUGCAACUCUUCUGCCUUGCACAAUGCAACAGAUAAAGAUGUCAAAACAUGUCUUGUGAAAACAGGAGAAAAAGUACCACUUCUCAGUGACAAUGCUGUUGAUGUGUCUUCUAAAAUUCAGCAUCUGCAAUCUGGUCAUUUAACUCCAGUCCCACAACAAACUGCCUUUUCUCCAAAAUAUAUCCUUAAAUUGCCGCAUGACAAAAGAGCCUCCGAUUUGUCGCUUUUGCUUAGAUCAGAACAGAAGAUUACACCUUGCACAUCUGUGACAGACACCUUAGCCAACCCUCCCUGCUCUUCCAGCAGCGGAUCACUCAGUUCUCAUUCUAAUGAUGUAUUUUGGUCCCCUUUAAAAUUUGAAGUGAGACAAAAGGCCAGCAAAGGAGAGCUACGAUGGAAUGUACAUGCAAACUGGAAAACUCCAGUAUUUUGUUCACCAGUCAAUCCAGAAACAACAAAUAUCUUAACCACAGCAGAUAACACCUUUUAUAACCAAAACCUCAGGCAGCAGGAUAUUUUAAGAGAUGCUUGGAAAAACAAACAGAACAAAAAUAAAUUAAAUUAUCAAAGGCAAACAGAAGAGAAGUGGAUGAGCAUAACUACUUCCUCCACACAGAUCCCAAAGAAGAAAAUAUGCUUUACUUCAAUGUAUACAAGUGGUUUUUUCAUAUCAGCUGACAUCAAAGAAGAGAGAAAGGUUUUACAUCAUCUUUGCUCAGGAAGUGACUCUUUGAUAAUGACGUCAGCUUCUAGCAAGGGUGCGGAGCCAGCAGUCAUGGGAUGGGACGGAGGUGGAAGCCCCUGCAUUCUUAAGGACAUUUCACCAACACUGCAGGAUACGCAGCAUUCUCAGAGCUCAACAGACAACCCCACUUAUUUUUGCCAUUCUUUCAGCACUCUUUAUUGCCACACUCUCACCACUCACUGUAAAGAAUUCCCAGUGCUGCCCCACAAUAAUCUGACAUGCUACUCUGGAAGUUUAACGGUACCAAGCACGAAGAGCACCUUCCCAUCACUAAAUGCUGAGCCUCGAUUAACUUGGUGUUGUUUAACAAGAAGCCUGCCUCUGCCUGCUGAGCAGAAGGGGAAUGCAGAUUCUGCUUAUUCCUCCAUGCAUGCCUGUGACAAGGAAUCUAGCAAUGAAUGCACACUCUCAAAAUAUGAUAUUUCUAUUUUCAAAAUGAAAAAUAUUAGCAAGACUGUGGCAUAUGGCUUAACAAACAGGAGCUUAAAAACACUGGUUUCAUCCUUCUCUGAAGGACAACAGAUGCAGGAGUUAAGCUCAGCAGCUCAUGGUGGUGCUUUCAAAAAUAUUUCAGAGCAAAAGAAGAAAAUAGUAGUUUGCAAAAAGGAAAAACUCUCAACAAAUAAACACAAGAGGAGCCACAAACAGAAAAAGAUCAAAGUCACCCCCAAAUGGUACAGAGGGAGGCACGUACAUGGAUAUGCUCAGUUGAAAAUUAACCGACUCAGCAAGCGGCACCGUUUUCCAAACAGAACACUGGAUGCUUUGAGAAAGGGCUGUUCAUCACAACCCUGUAAAUUUAAUAAGUAUAAGAAGUGCCAUUCGCCUCAAUCAAAGAUACAAGAAAAUUACCUACACCAGCAAAAAGAUGCAUCUUGUUCCACCUCAGACAAGGCACUUUGCAGAAGAAAAAAAGAAGGAAAGAAUGACUCAGGAAUAUCUUCCCAUACUGAAAAUCUAAACCAUGUGAAACAAAAAGACAAAAUGGAUAAAAAAGACAUUUCUGGGCAAAGCAGGGAACAGACAAGAAUGAACAUUACAGCUCCUCUGGAAAUAUCUCUGACAGCUCAUUCCUUUUCAUCCGCAGUCAAUACAGCCAUGCAGCAAGUCAGCAGUGAUGUGGAAAUCUGCUGUUUAGUGACACAACCACUCGUGAUUCAGCGAUCAGACCCAGGGGAGUCACAGCCAAACAUUCAGAGUGUCGCAGUGGCAUCUUCUUUCUGGUCUUGCCCUUCUGAUUUUACAAAUACAGGCACAGGUGGCCAACUUGACAGCACAAACUCAGAGACUCUUUCCGUACAGCUAGAAGUGAGCCAGGAAAACACAUUAAAUGUAGAGUCAGAGAGCCGAAGAGUCGGUACCUUAGACCCAGUGAUCCAGGCCUCAGGAAGGGAGGAACCUCCAAUUGAAGAAAACGCAUAUUCAUCUCCAAAAGAAAACUCAACUCCCAGUUCCCAGCCUGGAUGUUCACGUUUAUUCAGCUCAAAAGCAGAGUCUCUUCCUGCGUCGGUCACAAGGGCUAAAUUACCCAGUAUAGAAUACACAGAGCGGGCAAACUUUUCUCAAAAAGCCCUUGACCUUCAUGAAAGCACAGACAAGAAUGGAACCCAGCUCCAGUCCAACAGCUAUGGAAGGCCACGUGAAACAGCUACUACUGCCUUUAAAAAGCCCCCAGCGACUCUCAGGUCUGCCGAGUUCAAGACUUACUCUGCAACACCUUCCAAGACUUACAAAAAGAGAGGUUUAGAGAUGAUGAGGAAGCAAACCAGAGUUGAGUAUGAUGACACUAGCAGUGAUGAUGAAGAUAGGCUUGUUAUAGAAAUAUAGCAAAUAGGCUGCUAACAAGAUGCUUGUAUGAUGGCCCAUUACAGAAGGAAAUACUGCGGAUGUCUGAUCUGUAUUUCUGAAGCACCUUAAAAUCAGAAAAGCCAUUCCUCUGCGCAAUAGGCAGCAUUCUCUUCUGAAGAGUCUUUCAAGGACUUUUUAAAAAAAGCUUAUUUGAAGCAAAGAGGGAGCUGGCAUCACAGAUUUAAAUGCAAGUGGUAAACCUGUGCUUAUGAGGGGUUUCCAGCAUUGUUAACACUUUUACCAGUCACAUAUAAUUCCCACAAGUGCUAGCUGCAAGUGGUUGUAUUAUUAAAAGGCUGCAGCGUAUUUAUUUACUACUAACAAUACAAUAGCAGCAGCUUCCUCAAUGUAUGAGCUAGGAUUUCCUGGAAGGGUAUGGAUGUAUUCUCUUCUCUAUACUCCUCUUUUCAUGUAGUCACUGCCACCUGCACUGGGAGUGACUCACUGGCGUUAAGGGGAAGAUCUGUUCCCUAAGUAUCCGUGAUAUUGGGAAAGUCUGGAAAAAUGUCAAUCUUUUUCCAUGUUGCACAAAUGUCAAUGCUUCUUUGUGACAAAUGACACAAGCAUGCUUUGCUUUGUGUUUUGUGCCUUUUAUGCCAAGAUCUACUCAAAUAUUCUUGAUUUCUAGUUGGAGAAUAUGGGUGUUAGCUAUUGAUAUUUCCUUGUGGUAAAACUUCUAACAAGGACUUUCUCAUUAUAUUCAUCACAUUGUGCUCCAACAGAUGUAAUCUGGAAUGUCUCAUUUUUAUUGUAAUCUUAAGUUUAACUGCAAUUAUGCUAUUUUAUUGAGAGUAAAUAAGCUAUAUGGCAUAGCUUGUUUUCUUUUUUUUUUUUUUUAAAAAAAAAGUUUUGUGCUACGAACCCUAAACUUUACUGGUUUCUAUGUGAAUAAAUAAUUAGAUAUUUUAAAUUGACCAAGUGUAUUCACUUGCUUGAUUAAACUGAUAAACAUUAAGAACAUUCCACUUCUACAUUAUAGUCAAAUUCUAUACUUAAACUUCUAGUGUUCUUAUAUUGUGAAUCAUACAUGGAGUUUUAUGGAUUAACCUACGUGGGAUAUUUGGAAUUGCUUUCACUUUAAUCAUGCACAGGUAAGUUUAUAUAAAUCAUAGUCACAAAAAAAUCUAGUAUACUACAUGAUAAAAAUAUAUGUAUGUGUGCAAAGAGAUGCCAAAACAACUAACAGAUAAAACAAGUGCUAAGUCCCAUGCAAUUCCUGUGUUUUCAGAUGUCUUACAAACAUAACAAGAUUUGAGGUUGUUUGUAGCCUCAAGUUAUGUUCAUAAAUUUGUUAGUGAUACAGAAAACAAAAGUAAUGAUAAAAUUAUUGCACCAAUUUCUAAUUUUAAUGUGUAAAGAAAAAAAAUUAGGAAAAAAAUCUACUUUUUCAGAAUAGAGAAUGAACCAUGAAAGAUAUUUUUCCCUUUCUAAAAAUGUUACAAUAUUACACCGAUUACACCAAUAAUUGGUGUCAAAACUGCAAGGAAAAAAUCUGGUAAUAUUAGUUUAAGGAAUGAUGCAUUUUUAUUCUCCUGCUUUACUUCUCAUCUACCAAGUGCUGGCCUUAUAUAACAAUAGUAUUACCACUAAUCUGUUGGGUCGUGAUCAGAAUUUGCUCAGAUAUACAGUGAACCGGUCUGUUCUUUUGCUACACUUCAUGGUAGAGUUCUGUAAACCUCAGUGUUACCUCCACAUACCACACAAUGAGACACUAAGGUGAAGUAACAGCCUCCUUAACUUGGGAAGCCCGGUAUUUAUUGCUCAGCAAGCACGGGCAUAUAGCUGAAGAAUGAAUGGCAUCACCAACGGUGGAUUGCAAGGCACUGCAAAUUGCGUAUUUUAUUGACUGAGAUACAGUACAAAAAAAUACCAUUUUGCUUAGAAUAAUACAGCUGAAGAGAAUGACAUAGCUGUAGAUUGGGUUUAUAUUAUAAUUUUCUCUUUAUAUUGUUAAAUUAUUUUAUCUUAAUAAAAAUGAA